AUGACUUCAAAAAAUAUUGAGAUUAAGCAAAAUGUAUUUUUAUCAAACAUUUUCUGCCAUUCGGAAAAUUUAAAAAAUUUAUUAAGAGCGAACUCUAAAAAAAGAGCCAGAGAAAAGGAUAAGGAAAAAAACUACUUAUCAGCGCAAAACUUUUCAUACGAUAAAAAUGAAAAUGAGGAUAUAUUUAAGGUAGAAGAAAUUUACGAUAGAGACUUUUCGUCGAAGGAAAAAAUAUGCAAGUUAUUUGUGCCGUUCAAAAAUAGAAGGGAAAGAGAACCAAGAUUUAUUACAAUAGAAAAAAUAAAGAAAAAAUAUAAGAGCAUUAAUAUUUAUGAUGUAUUAAAUGAGAAAAAAAAAUUGCUUGAUUCUGAAGAGCUAAAUUCCAAGUGGAUUGACAUAAUAAAUUAUGAAGAUUCAUCAUUUGAUAUAUUUACCAUAGAGGAAAUAGUAAAGGAGUUAAAAGAAGUAGAUUACACAGAUGAGUUCGAAAGGAAUAAGGAAAUAAAAGAAGAAAAAGAAGAGGAAGAAAAAAGAAAAAAAAAGAAAAAGCAAUUAAAAGAAGUAGACAAUGAUAAUAUAGACGGAAAAGAAAAAUUUAUUGUACCUUUUAAGGCAAAAGGUGUAAUAUCACUUAAUAAUACCAUUUUUGAAAGUACAUUUGAUGAUAUAUAUAUAUAUGAUUAUAAUAGUGAAUCUAAUUUAUUUAAAGUAAAAAAAAAAACAGCCAGUGAGUUUUUCGAAAUUAACAGAAUUCAAUUUUUUUUUACUACUGAAAAUCCAAUCGCAUAUGGAGAAAAAGUAUUUAAUGCUAUUAAGAAUAAAUCAAAUAGCUUAAAAAAGAAAAUAUAUUAUUCAAAAAAUGACAGUACAUUUAAAGACUUCAAUUGUAUAAUGAAUGAUGUGCAGGAUAUUAUGGAAAAUAAUAUAAAUAUAAAAAACUGUGAAAAUAUUGAAACGAUUACAAAAAAUUUAAACGAUUUCUGUAAUAUAUGGUUAGGACGACGUAUUUUAAAUAAUAAUCUAAAAAAUUACUACAAGGGAGAUACAAAGAAAAAGGAAAUAAAAUAUUACAACUAUGAUUUUGAAAAUAAAAAAAAUAUUAUUAAGCAAUGUGUAUUGCUAGAAAAUACAAAAGUCAUAAAAACUUUUCUGGAUAUAAUAAAUAAAUGUGCCUUGAUUAAAAUAUCUGUAUUUGACACAGCUAUUUCUAGUCCCUUUGAGUUAAACGAUUUUUUCCAAUUGCAAAACACGUCCGUUUUGAAGUCGUUCGAAACUGUAAACAACAUAUGGAUGAAUGACAUUAAAUUCACCAUUGAGGAAAACUUAAAGGAUUGUACGAAAGGAAACUACAAUUUGAAGGACAUUUCGAUUGAAACAUUUAAAUAUACAAAAAUACGAAUAUUUUUUAACAUAUUAAAACUUAUGAUCGAGAAAAAAAUAAAUGAAAUGUUAAUAAAUAAUAUUGAAGAUUUUGUCCAAAUUUUUACACAUAACAUGAAAAGUUAUAAAAGGAACAAACUGUAUAUACCAGUAUUUGUCAUCAAUAUAACAAAAAAAUUUGACUAUUCAAGAUUUAUUUUAGAUAAUAAUCCUAUAUGUUUUUAUGAAAAAUUUGAAGAUUUAAUUUUUUCUACUUUAAUUAAAUAUCAACAAAUAGAAAAAAUAGAAAAGUUAGUCAUACCUCAAGUAUUCAAAAAUGAUAAGUUUAUAUUUUAUAAAUCCAUGAAAGAAAAUGAUAUGUUUAUAUGUGAAAAAUUAAAUGAAGUAAAAAAUAUGUUUGAAGAAUCAAAAUUCGUUUUAAAUAAUUAUUUAUCAAAAAUUAACAAGCAUGCAGACAUUUUAAAUUUUAAUGUCAAUGAAGCUAUUAAAAAUAUAGACAUAAAUACAAGCGUGGAACAUAUUCAAAAUAUCAUAAAUAAAAAUUUGGAAAAAAUACAAAAUAUCAAUGAAACAGUUGAGGAUACCAUUAAUUUAGGUGUAUUCCUGGUGAAGUCUAAAGAUAUUAAACUUUUCAUUAUAAACGAAAUUAACAAUUAUAUUAAGGCUCUGACGAAUAUUAUUGUCCAGAGAUAUAAGGAAAAGUACACGUCGAAUCUAAUGUUUUACAACUCUAUCAUUGUAAGGCUAAAAAAGAAGACAAGCAAAAUUCAAGAAAUUUAUGAAAAGGAAGAAUACAUAAAAGAUAUGAAGAAAAGUCUUGAUUUUGUAUCCCAUGAUAUCAAAGAAAUAAAUAUAUUAUUUAACUCCUUAAAUAAAUUAAAUUAUAAAUUUUCAAGUGAUGAUUAUUUAUCUUAUUGGAAAAUUAUAAAUAGACCUAGUAAAAUUGAAAAAAUUGUUAAAGAAGUUAAUGAAAAUAUUAGUAAGCAAAAAAAUGUACUACUAGAAGAAUUAAUAAAUGAUGAAUCAAAAUUUCAGAGUAGUAUUGUUGACAUGAAGGAAAAUGUUCAAUCAAUAAAAAGUUUCAAUGAUGAAAGUAAUUAUUUGAGCAUAAAUAAAUUUAUUCUCACUGUGCAAAAUCAGCUUACUAUCUUAAUAAAAGAGUCCAAAGAAAUCAAUUAUCGAGAAAAGCUAUUUAAUAUUGAAAUAUCUGAUUUUUCUAUACUCCUGAAAAUUCAAAACGAACUAAACUUAUAUUACAUAUUUUGGCUAAUAUAUAAAAGCAUAAAGGCUAUGGACGAACGAUUUGACAAAAAAAUAAAUUCUUUAAAUUAUAAAAAAAUAGAAGAUGACUUUAAUUUGAUUUUAAAAAAUAUGAAUAAAAUUAACAAACAUGCUAAUGAGUAUUAUAAAAAUAAAAAUACUCUAAUCAAAAAAAUGAACGAGAAAUUAGCCUUCUUCAGUUCGUAUGUAUCCUUGCUAAUUUCGCUAAGAAAACCGAGUAUAAAGGAAAGGCAUAAAGAUCAGAUCAUUGAUGAAAAGAACAACAUCGACUUUAACAACAUAACAUUUAAUGAGCUACUGAAGCUAGACAUAAAUAAUAAAAUCACUAGUAUUAUCAGCAUUUGUGAAAAGGCAAAUAAGGAGAACGCAAUUGAAAAGUUUUUGGGGAAAAUAAAAAACAAUUUUAGUAAGAUCGAAUUUCAAAUGAAACAAGAGGAGAAUAAUAAAAUAUCUAUUAUUUCCAAUAUAAAUGAAAUAUUAACAAAAAUUGAAGAAAAUUUAGUUUUAAAUCAGAAUUUGUUAAUAAUAAAUAUUUACGAAAUUUAUCACAUCGAUAUAAUUAACAAUCAGAACAUGAUGAUAAAUGCUAAUAGUAUUAUUAACACGUUAAGGAAAAGUCAAAAUUUGUUUUUGUACUUGAGCAGAAUUUUUGUCCUAACAGAUAUAACGAAGCAGCUCACCAAUGAGUCUAAAAAGUAUAAAUUAAUUUACAAUAAUUUUCUGAACAUGUACAAGAUUAUUGAAGAAGAUAAAAGACUGGAGAAAUUUUGUUCAAGAAAAGAUACAAAAGAAAAGUUAACAGAGUUAUAUAACAACUUAAAUAUGUUGUUAAAAAGUAUAAAUGAAUAUUUAGAUUUAAAGAGAGAAAUUUUUAAUAGGUUUUAUUUCUUAAGUACUGAUGAUUUAAUAAAUUUGAUAUCUUCGAAUAUUAAUGAUCAGAUAAAUACUUAUUUAUUUAAAAUAUUUAAUAGUAUAUAUAAGCUAGUUAUUGUGAAUGGAUAUAUCGUUGCUUUUCAGUCUCAGAGAGGAGAAGAACUAAUCUUAUGUAAUGAAAUAAAAAUAGAAAAAAAAGAAAUGACAGAGAUUUUGGUUGAAGUAGAGAAAGAAAUGUUUUUGAGUGUGAAGAAACAAAUAUAUAAUAAUAUUCUAGAAUACAAAAAUUUAAUAGAUAUAAAAGAAGAUGACUUUUUGAAAAGUAAUGAUAUAAAAACUUACACGGAAGGAAGAACUUGCGAUUACGAUUCCGCGUAUUCUUCUUGUUCCUUUUCGUCUGACAACAGCUUAAUGUAUGACAACGGGUAUAGAAUGGAAAACGAUAAAGAUGUAAAACAGAUAGGGCGGAAUAGAAGCGAUGAACUCGAUAGAAGCAGUGAUCUGGGGAGAAGCAUAGAUCCAGGUAGAAGUAGCGAACUAGGUAGAAGCAGCAUGGGAGAUAAGGGGGGAAAGCACAAGAAGAGUGCAUUACCAAUGGAGUAUUACGAACACAUAAGUAAAAAAAUAAAAUUUUCUUUAAAUAAAAAUAGUCAGUUUGUACUGAUAAUAAAGAAUUUAUUUUGGUCCAAUUUAGUGGAGCUCUUUUUAAAAUAUAAUAAUUUAAAUAAAUAUAAAAAGAUAUUAAAUGAAGAGUUGUAUGAAUACAUCAAUAUAAUAAAUAAAGUAGACAAAAAAAAAAGUGUGUUAUUACAUACGUUAAUAAUAUCUUUAGUUCAUAAUAGAGAUAUAGUAGAAGAAUUAAUUAAAAAAAGAGUAAACGAUGUAAAUAAUUUUAACUGGUUAAUACAGUUGAAAUAUUUUUACUGCAAUAAAAAUUUAUAUAUCAAAUAUUUAAAUGAAUUAUACAUAUAUGGAUAUGAGUAUAUUCAUAAUGAUAAUAAAAUUAUUUUAACAAAUCUAAUAAAUAAAUAUUUUAUAUCCAUUUUACAUUCAUAUAGUUCGAAAUUGGGUGUAUGUUCAGUUGGUUUUGCAGGUACUGGGAAAACAGAAACAACAAAAUAUUUUUCAAAAUUUGUCGGGAAAUUUUAUUUUGUGUAUAAUUGUAGUAGUAAUAUAAAUUUUGAUUUUUUAAAAAAUUUAUUUUUCGGCAUAGCAACAAAUGGCAUCUUUUUCUGUUUUGAUGAAUUUAAUAGAAUAACAAUUGAAGCGUUGAGUGUUCUAGCUCAACAGCUGUGUAAUUUAUUUAAUGCAAAAUCUAAGAAGUUUGUUAUGAAUAAUAUGAAGACAAAACAAAAAGAGGUGGAGCUUGGGGAAGGGGGAAAAAAUGACUUAAACAUGAUUUCAAAUGAAGAGAAUUUUGUAAGGAAUAGCUCAGUGUAUGAUCCUGGUGAUGGGUUGGAAAAGUACAUGAGGGGAAAGGGUAACUACGUGUAUGAUAGUGGAGCUGAAAUGGGGAAUAAUAACAAAAACAAUAAUGGAAGUUAUGAUGGCGUUAAAAAUUACAUGGACAGCGGUGGUGGCUUGUCCAAAAAGAAAAGCGUAAAAGGUACAAUAGGUGCAAAAAAAAACUCGCUCUUUUUUUUCGAAGGAAAAUAUAUAAAAAUCAACGAAGAAUUUAAUAUUUUUAUUAUAAUUAACCCUUUUUAUAAAGGUAGAAGUGUACUACCAAAUAACAUUAAAGCAUUAUUCAGAUUUUUUAAUUUUGUUAAACCAGAUUUUUUUACCAUUGUAGAAGUGAUGCUCUAUUCCAAGGGAUACAAAUAUAGCAAAAUUUUGGCAAAAAAAAUUAUUUUGUUGUUUGAAUUAUGCGAGCAUAACUUAAGUAAUCAGAAGCAUUAUAAGUAUGAUUUAAGAACAGUGAAAAAAGUAACUCACGUCAUGGGUAAAAUCAUCGUAGAUAAGGAUAAUGACAGCGCCGGAGGCGCUCACUAUAGAAGUAACGACAGAUAUGAAAACAUUUUUUAUGAGUACAAAUUUUUGUUUAUUGCCAUCAUUGAGUGUAUUAUGCCAUCUAUUGUGAAAAACGACAUAUAUCUUUUUCUGAACAUAUUGAAAAAUAUAUUUUACGAAUUAUAUACCUACAAUCAAUCUUUGAGAACUUGUACUAAGGAGGAGACUACGGUCGACAUAAAGUACAUCCUGUCUAGUAAUAGAAACGAUGACAACAGUAUAAUGAUGUAUGUAAGAAGCUUUUAUUCCAAUAUGAAUGAUGAAAGGGGAACAGCGAACAAUGCUGAGGAGAAAAUCAACAAGGGGGAUGGAUGUGGACAUGUAUUAUCUACACAUUAUGAUGCUAAGGAAGAAAGAGAAAAAGAAGCAGACAAUAUCAAACCUUUAAGUGAAGGCAAAAUCGAAAAGGAGAAAAAUGUAUCUGCAGAAGUGGAAGAAAAAAUGAAAAGUUUAUAUGAUAAGAAAGGGGGAGAGGGAACCGCAAAAUUUAGGGCAUACAUAAAGAACGAUAAGAUGGAAAGUUCAAAAGAGGUAAGUGGAAAGACAGAAAUAAACAUUUUGGAGGAUAGUGGAAACUAUACUAGCAAAGGUGGAAGCAGGAAGACGACCAACAAGAUAGUCUUAGCUGAUGAUAAUAUGGUCAACUCCGCAAAAGGGGAAAACGGAAAAGGGAAGAAAUCCUUUUUAUGUAAAAAAGAAAUGGUUGAAGAUUAUUUAAAAUGCAUGUUAAAAAAAAAGAUGCUAGAGUUAAAUUAUGUGUGCACUGAGAGAUAUGUAAGUAAACUGAUUCAACUGUAUAACAUGAUAAAGUUUCACACAGGUGUCUUAUUUUUAUCAUACCCCUUGUCCAAAACAACUUCAUACAAAAUAUUAAAUAGAACAAUAAAUACAAUUAAUGAUAGGGAAAUAAUAAAAAGAAAAAUGAAUGAUUAUAUUAUUAAUGCAAAUGUUGUAAGAGAAAUGGAUAUGCUAGGUUUUUAUGAAGAGGUUUCGAAUAAAUGGGUUCAUGGCAUUUUAACGAAAAAAAUAUUAGAAAUUAAUUCUAAUUAUAAUAAUGAUAAUUAUUUAAACAUUAUUUAUUUUGAUUGUUAUUUGCAUUCUAUAUGGAUAGAAAAUUUAAAUUCAGUUUUAGAUGAAUCUAAAAUUUUAUGUCUUUCUAAAUGUGAUAUCAUACCAAUUCAUAAUCAUACUCGUUUUAUAAUGGAAACAAAUAAUUUAAAACAUAUUACAAUGGCUACCAUAAGUAGAUGCGGAUUGAUAAUUUUAAAUAAUUAUGAUUUAAGUAUUGCUUCUUAUAUAUGUUCAUAUAUAAAUACAUUGUCGAACAAUUUUGAUACAAUCCAUAAACAUAUAUUAUUAAAUUUAUUUAUGGUCUUUUUUUACAAAUCCUUGUUGUUUAUUUGUGUUAAUAAUUUAUUUGUGUAUACAUUUAACGAAUAUUAUUAUUGUAUCUCUUUUAUUAAAUGCUUAGAUAGUUUAUUCUCUUAUUGCCUAUUUGAAAUCAAUGAUACUAAUAAAAAAGAAAGUUUUCAAAAGUACAUUACAUCCAUUUUUAUCUAUUCGUUAAUCUGGACUGUCGGAUCGAACACAUAUAAAAGAGGACGUAAAAUAUUUAACGAUUUUUUGUGUAGAAAUAUUUUAAAAUAUAAUCUGAAGUUAACUUUUGAAACAUUAGAAGGAAGAAUAAUAGACAUUCGUGAGCUCAAUAAUAGCACUAACACUGAUGUAGAAGCUGCAUCCUCUUCGCCUAAUCACCAGAAGUUGGUACUGAACGAGCUACAAUGUAGUAUAAUGGAUUCUUCCAAGGACAAAAAUGUUAAAGACGUGGGUGAAGAAAUGGCAAGGACGGAAGUAGUAGAUAUAGAAGUGGAAGAGAAAUAUGUAACAGAGAAAGAUAUAGCAGAACAGAUUGUGCACAACUUUGGAAAAAAGAAAGUUAUUAACAAUGUUAAUAAUAAUGGAGUCCAGAUAGGAGAGGUCACAAAACUGCAGAGAGACUUGAGUGCAAAUGAGAAUGGUCAGAUAAAUGAAGAAAUAUAUGAACAAGACAGGGAAAAAAUUAAUAGCUCGCAGUUGAACAAGGCAAUUGGUGAGAAACUGCACGAUAAAGACGAAGAUAAACUAAAUGGUGGUUCGUAUGAAGCGGAUAACCGUGAAUCAGACAGCGUAGAAAUAAGUGAAGUAAGUAGUGUAGAAAGCAGUGAAGAAAGCUGUCAUGACUCGGACAUAGACAUAUACAACGAGAAAAAUAGAAACAUUGGGAAGUACUACGAAAGCAUAAAUAGCAUAUAUGAUUAUUACUUAAAAAAUUACAAAAGGUGUACAAAUCUGUACAAAAAUUAUGAUAUAAAUGUAGGAGAUGCAUCCAAUGGUUCAUUAUUUUCCAAGUCAUACGGAAACUACAGCUCGGAUUCGAACGUAAGUGAGGAUUGUAGAUAUCUGAAAAGAAAGCAUAAAAGAUGCAGGAGGGUCAAAGAGACCGAAAAAGGCACAUCACAGAAGGAUGUAGGGGGAAGAAAAAGUAAAUAUUUGAAUAAAUACGAUACCGAAAAUAUAUACGACAUCCUUCAUAAUGUUAACUACUAUAACGAUGUUUACAAUUUAACCGACUCAGCGGAGGUGGAGAGAGGGGAAACAGGGAUAAACAGGCUCAAGAAUGAUGGAAACGUAGGUAGUAGGGAUAAUGGCGGCAAUAAGGGAAGUAGCGAUGGAGAGAAGUUCUCACCUGAGGAGCGGAAAGAAGCGGAUAAGAGUUCAUCAAAUGCAAGGGCCAAAGGAGGAAGGGGAAAAAGAAAAGGGAACUACUCGGAGUUUGAAGUGAACCUGUUCAACUUUUACUUCAACUAUCAGAAAAAUAUCUUGAGUCAUUUAAAUAACAGGGGAAAUAAAUUUACGUCAAUAGAUGAAUAUAUGAAUAACAAUACAGAUGUGAUGAUAAAACAAAAGAAGCACAUUUCGAUGUUAUAUAAUAUAGACAUAUUUAUGAAAAAUAAAAAGAAUAUAAUAAUAGCAGGUUGCAGUAAUAUAGGUAAAUCGUUAACAGUGGAUUAUUAUUUGAACAAAGUAAUUGCAAAGGAUAAAUUUUUUACUGUUGAUUUUUAUUUUUCAUUAAGUACAACAAGUAAACAUGUUAGAAAUUACAUAGAAUCUAAGUUAACAAAAAGAAGAAGUAAUUAUUAUGGGACAACAAAUAAUAAAAUAUGUAUGUUUUAUAUUGAUGAUAUAAACAUUGAAACGGAUAUUAGAUCCUUUGAGAGAAGUCAUUAUUUAUCAGCCCAUGAAUUUAUGCGUAUGUUAUUUAAUUAUAAAUUUUUUGUAGAUGAACAUCUAAAUUUAAAAUAUGUAGAAGAUUUAACGUGUCUUGCAACUAUGAACAAUGCGUAUACUAACAGUGUAAAUAGUAGACUAUACAACAAUUUCAAUAUAAUUUAUUAUAAUAAUUAUAAUUAUAAAGAAAUAUUUAAUAUCUUUUUUAGCUAUUUGAAAAACUUAUUUAGUGUAUAUGAUAUAAAUAUCAAAAGCCUAGCAAGCCAUUUAAUUGAUAUGCAAAUAGAUAUAUAUAAAUCACUUAAAGAAAUGAAAUAUACCUAUGAUGAGGAAAAAAAAGAAGAAUUGUUUUUACAUUUUUUUAAUAUAAAUCAUAUUAAAAAUGUUUUCAAAUAUAUAUUUUAUUUAUCAAAAAAUAUAAAUAUCCGAAAGGAACAAAUUUUAUUGUUUUUCUUACACGAAAAUAAAUCUCUGUAUGUGGAAAGUUUAAAAUCAAAGAAGAACAAAAAAUUAUGUACAGAUAUAAUUAUAAGUAAUUUUAAAAAAUAUUUUAAGGAUGAAUUUGAAAAUGUAUCUGAUCGAUAUGAUAAUAUACUUUUUUGUAACUUUUUAAAUUUAUAUCAAAAUGUGUAUGAACAAGUUCAGGAUAUAAAUGACCUGUACAAUUGUAUCCAUUCGUAUAUUUCUGAUUAUAGUAAUAAUGAAAAGAUUAAUUUGAUACUAUUCGAUAAUAUAUUAAUAUAUAUAUGUAAAAUAACAAAAACAUUUAUGACAGAAAAUUCUCAUAUCUUAUCUAUAGGUAUAAAUGAUAGUAUUAAAAAAAAUGUAAAUAAAAUCUGUGCAUUUAUAAUAAACAAAACUUUAGUCAUCUCUGAAUUAAAUAAAAAUAGUAAAAAGAAAGUUUUUAAAGAAGAAAUUAAAAGAUGCUUAUUUGAUUGUGGUAUAUAUGAAAAACCAUGUGUAUACUAUCUAAAAGAUGAAAAUGAUAAUCUUAAUUUUAUUCUAGAAAAUUUAAACAAUAUUUAUAAUUAUAGUGAUAGUUAUCUCUUAUACAAUGAAGAAAAUUUAAAAAAAAUUUACAAUGAAUGUAAAAAUAAAUGUGAGGGGGAACAUGUAGUCAGAAAUUUAACGAAUAUUUAUAAUAUUUAUAAAAAGACUAUACGCAAGAAUUUUCAUGUAAGCCUGAAUAUAUCCCUCAGUUCCGCUGAUCAACUUUUAAAGUAUCCCUAUAUUUUAAAAAAUUCGUACUUGAUUUAUUUUGAGGAGGACACCAAUGAAGGCCUGCACAUAAUAACGAAAAACUUUUUCAAAGAUGAGCGUGCAGGUUUGAAGCAGGCCCUCAACUUUGCGCAGAAUGCGGUAGAAGUAGUUGAAUCAGUUGAAACUGUCGAAUCAGUCGAAGCGGUAAACGUGGCAGAUGCGGAAGACAACACGAAAAAGAAAAAGGCUACUUACGAUACGAAUGGCGUUACCGAGCAAGGUGGAAACAAACUGAGCAUUGAAAACGACGGGGCUUCCCAAAUUGAGAAGGCAAAAGACCAGACGGACGAACGGGAUAGUAACAAAGAAGUCAGUGAAAAACACACUGAUGAUGCAAAUGAUGUUAUGAACAAAGCAGGUGUUACUAACGAAAGUGAGGGUAAGGAUAAACUUAACAAAAAUUUGGAAAAUUCUAAUAUUACAAGUGAUAAAAUAGCUCUUCCGGGGGAACCUUUGGUACAUAGUGAUGAAUUGGAUAUUUAUAAAGCGCGUGGCAUUGGAAAGAGGUCCAAUGGUGAAGCACUACAUGAAGUAGAUAUUGAAAUGACAAAUCGUGAAGAGGAGUGUAAACAUUUGGAGCAUAUUAUAGAGAACAAAAUACUUAUUAGAAUUCAUAAAGAGAUAGUUUUGCUAUCAAAAAAAUAUUAUGAAGAAAAACAAAUAUAUGUAUGCAUAAAUUCAAAUAAAUAUCUUCAUUUGCUUCACUAUUUUGACUAUUUUUUUAAUUUAAAAAAAACAGAGUUUGAUAGAAACGUAGAUCUGUAUAGCAAGGCUUUAGGUAAAUUACACAAAUGUGAACAAGACAUAAAGUUAAUGAAAAACUAUUUAUUAAAUAUGCAACCAGUACUAAAUAGUACCAAUAUUGAGAUGAAAAAAAAAGUAAACGAAAUAGAAAGAGAGACAAAAGAAGCUUAUAUAAAACAAGCAGAAAUUAAGAAGAAGGAAAAUGAAAUGAAAAUUAAGAUAAGGAACAUUACUAACUUAAAAAAUAAUGUAAAUGAAGAAAUAUCAAAAAGUUUUGAUCUAUUAAAUGAUUCCUUAAAUAAUUUAAAUAAAUUAAAAGUAGAGCAUUUACGAGAAUUGAAGGCUUUUGUAAACCCACCAGCUAUUGUUGUAAUGGUUAUACAAUGUAUUUUAACUUUUCUAAAAGAAGAUGAAAAAUAUUUACAAGGGAAAAUGAUCAGACCGAAGACUUUAAACUAUUGGGUAUUAGCACAGAAAACCAUUUUUAGAGAUUCUAAAUUAUUUUUAGAUAAAUUAAAACACUAUGACAAAAAUUCUAUUGAAGAAGAAAUGAUAGUAAAAAUUUCACCUCUUAUUAAAAACAAAAAUUUUAAUCCAAAGUUUGUGAGAAAAGCAUCCAAAGCAUGUGAAACCAUGUGUCAAUGGAUACUAGCCAUUUAUCACUAUUUUAUUAUUAACAAAGAAUUACAACCAAAAAAGGAAGAAAUGAUAGUUUUAGAAAAAGAAAUUAAUAAAGAACUAAAUUACCUAGAGAUAUGUAAAGGAGAAUUAGACUUUGUAAACAAAAAUUUAGCAAGAAUUGAGAAAGAAAAGGAAGAAAUUACUAUUAAACAAAAUGAACUGGUUCAAAAGAUAGAAAAUAUAAAACAGAAAAUAAAACGAUCGAAAAUUAUUUUGUCUUGUGUUUUAGAACAAGAAGCUAAAUGGAAUAAAAAAAAAAAUUAUUUUAAAAAAAAAAGAGAUUUACUUAUGGGUGAUUGUAUUAUUGUAUCUUCUCUUGUAAAUUAUUAUUCCUAUUUUUCCUAUGAAUAUAGGGUUAUCACAAAAUUAAAAAUUCAAAAAAUUUUAAGUUCAUUUGAUAUAAAAUAUACUAGAAAUAUAUCUAUCCACAACUUGUUAGAAUCAAAAAUUAAUUUAGAAAAAUGGAUGGCAUAUGGUUUAACUAACAGCAAAUACUAUUUUGAAAAUGUGGUUAUAAUGAACAACAGUAUUAAAUAUAACCUAUUAAUUGACCCUCAUUUUAUAGCUACCAAUUUCCUUAAAAAUCUAUAUCAUAAAAAAAAAGAUGUAGAAAUAUUACGAAAUAACAGCUUUAAUUUUAUUGAAAAAAUCGAAAAAUACAUGCAGCUUGGAAAUAUUAUUCUAUUCACACAUUAUGAUGAUGAUGCAAAAAUAUUAUUUUCUUCUCUUUUUAAUUACAAAAUUAGUAAAAGUUUGUUUAAUUUCGAAAGGGAGAGGAAUAAAGCAGAUAGUGCUGCUUCUCUAUUCUGUGAAAACAAAAAAAACAAUUUGAACAACUCCAUAAUACUCAACCAUGAUGCGGAUACCAAAGACGCAGAGGAGCUGAGUAAUACCAUAAAUGAGGGCAUGCCUACAAAUAAUGCAACUAGUGCAAGUAAUGCAAAUAGAACGGAUAAGGCAGAUAGUGCGACAAGUGCAAGUGGCACAAAUAAUGAGAAUAGGACAGACAAUGCAACUAGUGCAAGUGGUACAAAUAGUGUAAAAAACAACUGCGUAAAUUUUAACAACAAAAUAAUACCAGUCGACAAUUGCUUCAACAUCUAUUUUAUUGUAUACGGAAACAAAUAUUUUGACGAUAGUACUCAGAACUAUCUAAACCUAAUAGACUUCAAUAUAAAUUUGAAAAUUUUAGAAGAGUAUUUUUUAGAAAGUCUGAUAGAGAAAAUGUCCAAGAGUUUCAUUGAAAAUAGGACAGCACUGAUUCAUCAUAUACAUGAUUUGAACAAUCAGCUGAUGGAUAAGGAAAAGGAAAUAUUACACAUUUUAAAUUUUAAGGAUGACAUCUUAAGUGAUGAUGAUAUUGUUAUUACUUUUGAAAAGACGAACAACUUAUUCCAAGAAAAUAAAAAAAAAAUUAAAGAGUUUAAAAUUAAUAAAAAAGAAAUUAUUAAAAUUAGGAAGAAUUAUAUGAGCAUAUCAGAACAUAUAGCAGUAACGUACCAUUGUAUUAAUGGUCUGGUGGCAUUAAAUCCUUUUUACAAUUUUUCUAUUCUUUCAUUUGUACAUAUAUUAAAUAUAAGUAUAGAUAAAUCAGAACAAAAUAAAUUAUUAGAUAAGAGAAAAAAAAAUAUUCUAAAUAUUUUCACACGAAAAAUUCAUUUUGAAGUUGCUAGGACAUUAUCAGAAAAGCACCAGCAUAUCUUUUUCUUUUACUUAGUCUGUAUGUUAAACAUUUACAAACGAGAAAUAGAGUAUGACGACUACUACUUUUUUAUAUAUGACGAAUAUCCCCCGAACGCAGGUGCCAAAAAUGAGGUUGUUAGGAUGGUGCAAAAGAAGGGGCAUCUCAGGGGGAUGAAGCGGGAUAUGCAACACAGCAUUAGUGAGAUAGAUCAUCAUAACAAGAGCGCAAUAAAAAGGUGGUCAGAAAACGAAGGGACAAGUUCUUGUGAGGAUUUAGAUGAAGAGAGUGAAGAAGGAGGAGAUGGAAAAGAAGAACAGUACAAUCAACCAUUUGAUGGUGUAUCUCUGCAUAGCCUCGAGUCUGACAGAGGUGAAGCGGUAGAUGGUUGUGAAGUGCAUAGGGAAGUAGAUCAGGAGGGAGAACGAAACAGCAGCUCGAAUUAUAGCUUGAAUCGUAGCAUGCAUCGUGGUGUGCAUCGUGGCACACGAACCAGCGGAAGUUUGAAAAGGGACAACAUUGAAUAUUUGUUGUUACCGAAAAAAAAUGAAAAAGAUGAUUUCAUGAACUCUUUUGAAGAUAAUGCGAUUAUAGAAAGGAAAGAAAAAAACAUGAAGGAAUAUAUUAUGAAAUAUGUUUUUGAUUUUGAUACAAAAGAAUUAUCAUGGUUAAGUAUGAAAGAAUAUAUAAGUGUAAAAAAAUUAAUAAAAAAAGAAAAAUAUUAUAUAUUUUUUAAAAAGGUAUUUAAUGAAUAUGAACAUAUUUUUAGAACUAUUAAAUCAGAUCAUACCAUUUUACAGCAUAAAGAUAUAAAAAAUUUGUUGACAAGUUUUGAAAAAUUAAUAAUUUAUAAAAUUUUCCGAUUUGAUAUUUUAAAAUUAAAUAUGAAUAAUUAUGUAGACACAUAUUUGAAUAUAACUUCACAAGCAUAUCCUAAAGAUUUAUAUAAAUGUUAUGAACACUCAUCAAAUAAUAAAUUAAUUUUAAUAUUAGCUGAACAUCGUCUAAACAUAGCAAGUGAAAUUAUGCUCUUAAGUGAAAAAAUUACAGGUAGAAAUAACCUAAUAAUAUAUAAUAAAAAUGACAAAACCAAUUUAAUUAAUAUAUUAAAUGAUGCUAUUAAAAAUGGUUUCUGGGUACUUAUAGAAAAUGCUCAUCUAAAUAUUCACCUAAUUUUAGAAAUAGAAAAAUAUAUAGAAAUUUGCAAUAUUCAAUAUUCCAACCCAGAAUUUAGGAUAUGGAUAGGUACCAGUUCUGUCCAAUCCUUUCCAUGUUAUUUGUUAAAAUUGUGUGUAAAGGUAACUUUUGAGAAUGUGUAUAAUUUGAAGACAUCACUUCUUAAUAUAUACUCGAACAUGGCACAAGAGGAGGAAGCGGAGGAAGUAGAGGAGAAGGAAGCGGCAGAUGAGGAAGAUGUUGAAAAUGCGGAGGAUGUGGAAAAUGCGGAAGAUGCGGAAAAUGCGGAAGAUGCGGAAAAUGCGGAAGAUGCGGAAGAGGGGGAUGAAGCUGAUGAAGCGUAUGACGGAUAUGGGGAUUGUACGUACGACAAUAAUUUGGCUAGAAAUAAUAAAAAAAGAAUAAAAAGAAACGAGAAUGAAAACAUUUUAAUAAACAAGUUAAAUUUCAGCUUGUGCUUUUUUCAUGCUUUAAUACAAGAGAGAAACAAAUUUAAGAAUAAAGGAUUUAACAAUAGCUACGAAUUUACAGAUAUAGAAUUAAAAUUAUCUAAAGCUAAUAUAUGCAAGUUUUUUAAUAAUAAAAAUAUAGAUAUGGAUUUAUUAAUAUAUUUAAUUGGAAAUAUAAUAUAUGGCGGUAUAAUAAUAGAUCCUAACGAUCAAAAAUGUUUUAACAUCAUUUUAAAAAAGUACAUAAGUGAAAAGGUAAUAUAUUCUAAUAACGAGUAUAAGUUUAACAGUUACUAUUAUUGUCCUCAUAGUUCAAAUAAAAAUAUAUUUUUACGAUAUAUAAAAUCAUUACAAUUUAUUACAGACUUUUCUAUAUUUAAUCUACACCCGUCGCUCAACGUUUUAUAUUUAAAAAAUUACAAUUUGAAAAUUUUAAAAAAUUUAGAACGCCUAGAGUGUAAUAAUGUGCAGAAAGAUAAAACCGAUGUCCAUAUUUUAAUUAUUAUAGAUAUACUAAGAAAUAUUCUACCACCUUUUAUAGACUCGAAUGAACUAAAUAAUUUAUUUUUAAAUAAUUUAAAUUGUUCUAUUAUAACAUUUUUAAAAAUGGAAGCAGAUAAAUAUAAUAAUUUGUUAAGAAUUAUUUAUGAUGACUUAACUAAUAUAAUUAAUUUUUUUAAAGGAAAAAUUAAUUUUAAAAAUAUUAGUCAUACUUAUAACUCUUUAAUGAACUUAUGUAUACCCAGAAAAUGGAUAGCCAAUUCCUUUUUUUCCAGUCUACAAAUAUUUCAUUUUGCAAAAUUAAUAAAGUUAAAAAUUUCUUACAUAAAUAAGUACAUAGGCAAUUUGGACAAUAAAGUCUUUAAUCUGGCUGCCUUUAUUUCUCCCAAGAGUUUAAUGCUUGCCAUAAGAGAAAAAUUUAGCAAAGAAAUAAAAAUUGAUGCGAAUAACAUAAAAUUAAAAUAUGAAAUUUCCACAUAUUUUCUUGAAGAAGAUAUAAAAGAAGACAGCUAUUUUGUUGGUGGGAUGUACAUCGAAGGAGCUAUUUUUGAUAUAACAAAUUUAUCAAUAAAAGAGUCAACAAAUAAACAACUGUAUUCACCUAUGCCUUACAUAAAAAUAUAUUUCAUUACUAAAAAAAAGCCUGACCUUAAAAGCAGGAAACCAAAAUUUAAUUGCCAUAUCUUCAAAUGUCCCAUAUAUAAAAACAUACACAAAACAGAUAAUACAAUAAAUAACAACGAGCCCAUAUUUUACUUAAAGAUAAAUUCAAAGGAGAAAAAAGAAAAGUGGAUCGAGCGAAAUGUAUCCGGUGUAUUAAUACUAAAAUGA